UUAAUGCGCAUAAAUAAUCGCUGAAGAUUCAAAUACGUGCUUUUUAAUUAUUUUCUGAAGGUAUAUAUGCACGUAGAAUCAUACCAUAAUCACAUUUAUCUUACUUAUUAAUCUCUACUUUUGAAAUUGCGCACGUUGUGCGUGCAAUUUUCUUAAAUAAAAUAUCAAUUCUCCGAGUAUAUGAAGCUGUCUUCAUCAAUCAAAAUGGAUUGAAGUUGCAAUAUUUUAGUUGAAAAAAUGAAGAAUAAAGUGUCGAAUCUCUCUUUAUUUUACGUGGUAUUAAAUACCAUAAUAUUCAUCGUUAUUAUCGAAAAAACUGACGCAAUAACAGAAUUUAAGGAAAAAAUAGAAAAUUCUUUGUCUACAUUGCAUCAUAGUUUACCUGUUAUUUUACAAUCUUUACAAAUCCCAUCAAGAUCAUAUAAAAAAGAAGACAUUUUGAUAGCAGAGAAUCCAAACUUUCGUAACAAGGAUAAUCCAGAGGUUGAAAAUGAAACAAGAGAAAAAGAACUGAACGUUGAAGAUAACUCAAAAAACUUGCCAAAACUAGAAAAUUUUUUAUCGAAAUGUAUUGAUGAAUUUUCUGAAACGCAAGUUGAUUAUUCUCAAUCAAAUUCAUCUUUUCUGGAAACAUUAGAAAAUUAUUCCUGCAAAACAGAGGCUUUAAAUUAUGGUUACCAGCAUAUAAUUGAAAUUAUAAUUCAUGAAUCUUUUUGUGAGCUGAACAAACUUUUUCAUUACAUCUUAAUUGCAGUAAAUAAUUUACAACCUGAAUCUCCAUUGAUCUGGCUAUUUAACAUAGCACAAGAUAUAAUUUCAUUUGGUGAUCUUAUAUUUAACGAAACUACUUUACCUGAAAUAGUAGAGGUCGAAUUGUCCAAUUUAGAAGAAUUUUUACAUAAUCCUGAAAAUAUAAAAAUCUUAAUUAAUAAUAUAAAAAAAUCUAUCCCUAUUUUUAUUCCUAUUGCAAGAAGUAUAAUUAAAUUAGUAAAUUCUGUUAAAGAAAUUUUCUAUCGUGUACAAAAUCUUUUUGAACAUCUUGAUUUUAAUUAUUUAGAGAAAAUUGAAGAUUUAAAAGAAAUAGGAAAGAAAUUGUUCAUUUUGGGCAAACAAUUAAUAACUUCACUUUAUAAUUUAGCAUUAUCUCCUCUAAAAGAAAUAAAAAAUUUAUUUUUUGAUGCAAUUAUAUGGGUAGAAUCAAUAUUUAAUGAUUUGUUGAAUAACAUUCAACAAAAAUUAUAUCAGUACACAGUAUUUUUAGAAGAAGGUAUUAACAUUUUACAAACUUUUUAUAAUGGUUUUUAUGCAUCUGGAUUCUCGGAAACGUUAAACGAAAUAUUUUCAAUAAUCGAAUCGUCUGUGAAUGAAAUGAACGAAGAAAAAACAAAUUUAAAUGUUUCGAUAUCAUCUACGCUAAUAUCGUCGCAAAGCAAUCUUUUUUAAUUAUUUCUGAAAUAUACAAAUAUAAGGAGUUCUAUUAAUUUCUGGAUAAAUAUUACUUUCAUCCAUUGGGAUAAUUUCUAAAAAUAAUUUUAAUUAUAUCUCGCAAUU